CCUCCCACAGGCUCCCACCGUGGGUCCAGCACGCUCCCGGCAGGUGUCGCGUUCAUCGCGGCCCCGCCCCGUCUCUUUGCGGCUCUGGAAGGAUGGCGGAGCUGGACAUCGGGCAGCACUGCCAGGUGCAGCACUGCCGGCAGCGAGAUUUUCUUCCAUUUGUAUGUGAUGGUUGUUCAGGAAUAUUUUGCCUUGAACACAGAAGCAAGGACUCUCAUAGUUGUCCUGAGGUGACUGUAAUCGGUGAGAGACUGAAGACAGAUAAACACAAAUCUUACUCAUGCUCAUUCAAGGACUGUACUGAAAAAGAGCUUAUGGCAGUUAUAUGUCCUUAUUGUGAGAAGAAUUUUUGCCUAAGACACCGUCAUCAGUCAGAUCAUGAGUGUGAAAAACUGGAGAUCCCAAGGCCUCGGAUGGCUGCCACACAGAAACUUGUCAGAGAUAUUAUUGACUCCAAGGAAGGGGGAGCAGCAAGUAAAAGACGGAAAGGUGCAAAACAUAGCGAGACAGCUGCAAAGGUCGCACUGAUGAAAUUAAAGAUGCAUGCUGAUGGGGAUAAGUCAUUGCCACAGACAGAAAGGAUUUACUUUCAGGUUUAUUUACCAAAAGGGAGCAAAGAGAAGAGCAAAGCCAUGUUCUUUUGCCAUCGAUGGAGCAUUGGAAAGGUCAUAGACUUUGCUGCUGCUCUUGCCAGUCUUAAAAAUGAAAAUAACAAGUUAACAGCCAAGAAGCUAAGGUUGUGUCACGUCACUUCGGGAGAAGCCUUGCCUUUGGAUCAUACUUUGGAAACUUGGGUUACUAAAGAGGACUGCCCUUUAUAUAAUGAUUACAAGGCCUUCCUGUCCAGAUUCCUUCACUCAAAUUCCAGUCCAUCCUUUCCAGCUUCAGAAUCAAAUGCUGAUUAGAAAAAGCUGAAAAGAGAAGAAAUUAAAAUUGACUUUGGAGGGGCCCUUUCUGGUGCUCUAAUCACCAAGAUGACUAAAAAAGGCUGGAUACAUUAUAUCAAAUUAAAAAUGUCACUGACAACAGUACCCAGAAAAAAAUAAACAAUCUUGCCACCAGAAAAUCCUUUGAAACUAGAGCUAAGAAAGAACCGUUUUUAGCAUAUUUAUUAUGGGGAGAAAUAAUGGGAUGUGGGAAGCGAGCACAGCCGAGCCAGCCAAAGAUGGAGCCCUGGCUGGCUGC